AUGGAGUUCGUUCUGCGCUGCAACAACCUCAGAUGCCGCCAGCAGCUGCAUGAUCAAGCGGUAGUAACGACCUGCAGCCAUGUUUUCUGCACCAACUGCGCUGAUAGUACGCGGCUCUCACAACCACCAAGUUCGAAGCGUCACUGCCCGGCAUGCGAGACUCUGCUUGCGAAUCCCGACGAUGUCGUUGUCGCCGGUCUCAACCCCUCCGAAGACUACAAAACGAGUGUGCUGAGCGGACUCAGUCCGACCAUUAUCAUGGAGUGUGCGAGUCGGGGCCUGAGCUUUUAUAGCUACCAGGCUUCGCAAGAGAUUGUGUAUCAAGAGCAUCUUGCAAAGAGCUUGACGGACAAAUAUACGACGCUGAAUCAGCAGAUGGACCAGCUUAUACACGACGCGAACACGCAGAUCAAGAUGUUGCAGGACAAGUUGCAGACCAUGCAAGCCGAGCAAGCUACACUUGAAGCCAAGAACCACGAGCUGAUCGAGGCAUUCCGCGAAAAGAGUCGAGCACAACAGCAGCUGCAGAAGCUCUACCAGACCCUGAAAGCCCAAGUCAUGGCGUCUCAUGUGGCUACCGCUGCCGUUGACGAAGCAGAUCAUACUCUGCAGAGUGCUCGACCUGAUCGAUUCGUAGAGAGGCUUCCUGGAGCACGGAGCGGGAUAGGGAAUUUCAGCCAGCCGAACGUAGACAAUCGCCAGGGAGGACACCAGAGAUACCAUAACAGGAAUGGAAGCGGUAGCUCUGGCGGCGGUCGAGUACCUGGUGUUGGUAUUGGGCCUGGAGGGGGAAAUAACUCUCAAGCUCAGGGCUUCGGGUUGGGCGGCAGGACGUUCACUGGCCAAUCCGCUGCAACCGGAACUCCCCUCCAGGGUCAGCAUCGUAGUCGACUUCCUGUUCUCGGAGGAACGCGUGCAAAUGCGUUUGUGGGCACUGAUGCAGGUCCAGCGUACCAGCCAUCGCCUGCAACGAGGCAGCCCUUGGGUCUCAGGUCGCAGAACAUCGGUGGCUUCGGGUUCGAGACGAAAGGCGCGAAAAAGCGUUGACUGGUCAAUGUUCGUUGCUGUUGACAAGUGACGGUACGGAGUACGAAUAUCUUUUUGAUGGAGAUGGUGCUGAGGUGGCAGGGCGUAGUUGAGGAGGCUGCAAGGUCCAAAUGAGGGGGCUGCUGUUGUGAAACCUCGUAAAUGGUGAUAUACCACCUCUUAGAUACAUGCUCUCGGACGGGAACUUUGGAGAUGAUUGUAAAUGACUGCUGUUCUGAUUGUAGGCCUGAACGGU